CCGCCGCGGGUGCGCUUCGCUCCGCCAGCGCGGCUUUCCUUGCCGGCUGUGCCCCGCGCCCGCGCCCGCCCGGCUCCCUAUGGGCAGAGCUCUUGAGGCACAGGUGGAGCCCCAGAGUGCGCUGGGCCGAAGUCGGGCCGGAGUCCGGAGCCCGACCUUGCCGAGUGCUCUGUCGCCCGCCCACCCCGCCACAGGCGUCGGGGCAGUGGCAACAUGGCCUUCUCCCAGGUGCAGUGUCUGGACGACAACCACGUCAACUGGCGCUCCAGUGAGUCCAAGCCCGAGUUCUUCUACAGCGAGGAGCAGCGGCUGGCCCUGGAGGCCCUGGUGGCCCGCGGCAGGGAGGCUUUCUAUGAGGUGCUGAAUCGGGAGAACAUUCGGGACUUCCUGUCGGAGCUGGAGCUCAGGCGCAUCCUGGAGACCAUUGAGGUGUAUGACCCAGGCUCCGAGGAUCCGAGGGGUGCCGGCCGGCCCCGGGGUCCUGAAGACAAUGGCGUUGGCGACAGCGAGGAGGCCAGCAGGGCGGGUGGGGACCCCAUUGAGGCCGAGCCACUGCCCUCUCUGGAGUACUGGCCCCAGAAGUCGGACCGAUCCAUCCCCCAGCUGGACCUGGGCUGGCCUGACACCAUCGCCUACCGUGGUGUGACCCGGGCCAGUGUCUACAUGCAGCCCCCCAUCGAUGGGCAGGCCCACAUCAAAGAGGUGGUGCGAAAGAUGAUCAGCCAGGCCCAGAAGGUGAUAGCCGUGGUCAUGGACAUGUUCACCGACGUGGACAUCUUCAAGGACCUGCUGGACGCCGGCUUCAAGAGGAAGGUGGCCGUGUACAUCAUCGUGGACGAGAGUAACGUCAAGUACUUCCUGCACAUGUGUGAGCGGGCCCGCAUGCACCUGGGGCACCUCAAG